AUGAAAUAUAUUAAGGAUGGAGAAGAAUUUAGAAUUGAUGGUGAUAUACGCCCAUUUGGAGUACAUGAAAUACGAUAUGAAGAUGCGAGGUAUUUCGCAGAAUCUGAAAAAGAGAUAAAGUUGUCUCGCGAACUCGAAGAGGGUAAAGUUCAGAGCGAUAAAAAAUUGUCAAAGGGAAAGAUAAAAAUUGAGGAUAAUAAAGAAAAUGUGAUUCCACACUUCGGAAGUGAUUCAGAAGAUUCUGAUGAUGAAGAACAAGUAAGAAAAUUGUUGGAAACACUUUCUUUCAAGUUGAACAUGCCCUGGGGAGAAGACUCAUCAGAAGAUGAAGAAAUUUUUUUGACAUCCGAGUCAAAUAUGUUCGUCAGAACUCCUGAAUUGAUUGAGGAUUCCCUAACUAUUACUAGAGUUCCAUAUGGACAUAUAAAAUCUCUUCACAUAAAUGAGCCAGCAAAAGUGAAUGAUCUAAAAACCUUCUUUGUACCCCCUCGAGUUGAGAAAAUCAGGGGAAAAGAAAAAAUAAAGAAGGGGAUCCUUUUCUAUAAGUCAGAUGAUUACAAACCCUCUGAUCUUAUCAAGCUUGAUGACUCUGAUGAGGAAAUAUAUGAAGAUGUCAACGUGCCAAAAUACUUUCCGAAGAAUCUCAAAAACAUGAUGAAUAGAUCGGGAAUUCCUGCGAGAAGGUCACGAGCCAAUAGAAAAUUUUUUCAGAAAAUGUGGAAUCCACCACAAAAAAGAGUCGUGCUUCCAAAUGGCCGAACGGUACACACGAGAGGGCUAGGAUAUCAUCAAUCUGCUCAUGUGCCCAAGAUAACCAACAAUGAUUCACAUGUCAUGCGACAUACCUGCACUAUGAUUACAAUAAAAGACAUAAAGCAAGACACGAUCUCGACUGAGCUUCUGGAAUUAAAAGAUGCUCCACAAGAGCUUGAAGACGGGGGGCAAGCCACCGUUGAUGAGCUUAUAGAAAUAAAUUUGGGUAAUGAAGAGGAUCGAAGACCCACUUAUAUUAGUGCAUUACUUCCAGAAGAAGAUCAAGAUGUAUUGAAAACAUUGUUGUUAGAAUAUAAAGACUGUUUUGCUUGGACAUAUAAAGAAAUGCCUGGCUUAGAUCCAAGUGUGGCUGUUCAUAAACUUGCCAUUAGUCCAGAUGUGGCUCCAGUUAAACAAGCUCCAAGAAGGACAAGAGUUGACUUAGAAGAACAGAUCAUAACUGAGACUAAAAAGCUUAUUGAAGCAGGGUUCAUCAGAGAAGAAAAAUAUGCUGACUGGAUCGCGAGCAUAGUCCCAGUGAAAAAGAAGAAUGGUCAAAGUCGCAUAUGCGUUGACUUUCGAGAUCUGAAUAAAGCAUGUCCAAAGGACGAUUUUUCACUGCCAGUCACCGAACUAAUGAUCGAUAAUACUUCAAGUUACGAGAUGUUUUCGUUCAUGGACGGUUCCUCUGGAUAUAACCAGAUAAAGAUGGCACCUGAGGACGAAAAACACACUGCUUUUAGAACUCCAAUUGGCAUAUACUGUUAUAAGGUUAUGCCCUUUGGUCUCUGA